AUGAUUCGCGCUGUACAUCAGCUCAAGUACGUUGAGGAUUCUGAUUUAGAUGAAAUGCGCAUGAGCCGACCAGAGAAACGGCGUCUUCGCAAAUAUUUUGAACGAGAAUGUCCACAGACUGCCAUGGGCAAGUUGAAAAAGCGCCUGGCUCGCUCUACCACUAACUGGGCCUUUAACAUUCCUGGCUCCCUCUCUAUACGUAGCCCUAAUGGUGGCCACUUGGAUGACAGCCCGUCAGGAAGCAACCUUGAAUUUGACGAUAUGUGCUCCACUGCCAGCCUUGGGUCUGUAGAACUUUUAGACCGUUUUUGUAUGGAUCGACAAAGGUAUAAGGAAGAAGCUUUUUCGGCCACCGGCCGUCAGAAUCGCGAGCGAAAUGGUGGUCAAAUUUUCGCCUCUCGGCGUAGCGGAAAGGGGAGUCUAGUCUCUCGUCUCCGGGAGGCUAGUUUGCCCCCACCUUGCAUCGGUACUUUUGCUACGCCUCCAUCAACUUACAUCUCAGUUACUACGACUUCAGGUCCUGAUGCUUCUGGACUUGGAUACCGUGCGAUACCAGCCAGCAGAAUUGAGACUACCAGCUAUUUGGGCGAAGGCGAAUUUGGCUCCGUAUUUCAGGUGAGAGUCAAAAUAAAUAUUUGUUGUCCCAUUUUUUAUAUGAACUAA